AUGGGAGAUGUGGCUAGCGACUCCCCCCUGACCUUCAAUCAGACGGUCCGCGGAAUCAGCGAAUUUAUCGAAGUCGCGAUCCAUACUAUCCUGUACGUGCGUCAGGUCUACCCUGUAGACCUCUUCGUGCGCCGGAAGAAGUAUAACACCCCCGUCUUUCAAUCACGUCACCCCGCCCUCAACGAGUACAUCUCAGGCGCGGUCAAGGCCGUCGCAGAGGAGCUCACCUUGGGAAAUGUCGACAAAGUGAUCAUGGUCAUCAAGGACAAGGAGGACCGUCCGCUUGAACGCUUCAUCUUUGCCGUGCGGAACAUGAUCCAGGUUGAGUCCUACAACAAGGACACCAGGGUGCAGGAAGCUAUGACCGCCACAGUCCUCGGCCAGUACUUCCGCUCCUUCCUCGUCAAGCUGAGCAUGGUCGAGUCACAGUUAGGCCAGAUGGACAUGGGCGACGAUCUAUCAUUCGCCAUCGUAAUCGAGCUUCAGGACGACAAGGCUCCAACCGCGAGCCAGGGAAAGGAUGCCCCACCAUGGGUACCGGCCAUACCACAACACACGACAUCCAACGCAUCCGAGAACGCAGAGCUCCAUAUGCUGCGCGCAGUGGACACAGGCGUCAUCAACUUAUCCCUGGCCGUCCAAGAAUCGGAAUACAAACUGAACCUAGGCAAGGAAGAGGAUCCGAAAGGGAAGGGCAAGGAGCGCGAGUCCUGA